UUUUAACCCGUCGUUUCUAGGGAAGUGUCAACAUUAUUCCCGUUUGACUGUGUUGUAAAUGGACAGGAAAUAUUUAAAUGUUUAUCGCACAUCUAACAACCUUUGAUGGUUAAUUAUUUCUCAAACUGGUUCCGAAAUAAUUGAAUAUUGGAAAGCGUACAGUAGAUUAGCCAUUUAUUAAGGAAAUAACAUUAGAAAUACAAAAAUAACAUGGCAUCAACGGCAUCUCAAAUAAAACUGCCCGACAUUUCUACACAGUCAAUAUAUGCGGGGAAAUAUAAAGACUGGACACCUGAGUUGAGAGCGGCAGGUAAGCUGACAGCUUCCGGCGAUAAAGUAGUGACAUGUCUUAAACCACCACAUGAUGGCAGGCCUCCAAGUCCCGAGGUAAUUCGUAGAUUUCGAGCAACAGUUCGGCCUGAUGCUGGAGAAAUGCGCGUUUUCUAUGGAAAAGCCAGAGACCCGAUUCUUAACUUAGCAAAAGAGAUGAACCAUGGUAUCAACACCCAGCCAUCGUUCUUUGCCAGUGAGCUUGUAAAUCCAAGACCAAAGUCACUCUUCCAACAAAGGACACUUGACAGAAAGGAGAAUCAUUAUGCAAGCCAUCAAGUAGCACCACUGGGUAGAUCUCAUAACCAGGAAAAUAACUUACCGAAGGGAUUGAAAAAAUAUGAGUUCACAUUUGGAAUUCCUACAGAAUUAGAUACUGGUGCCGGAGGUUUGAUCAACCCUAAUAAAACAUAUGCUGAUGUUGAGAAGGAGAAUGAAGUAGGUCAUGAACUCUACGUAAGGUCACAUAAUGACUUCAACGUCGGUGAGCAGCUGCAAAGGAGUUAUACGUCGCCUCACUUUAGCUAUAAGUCAAAGUUUGGUAUACCUACACCUCAUGAUAAUACAGGAGCCCAUUUAAAGAAAACAAUGAAGUGGCUACAUGAGGCGGAACAGGAGAGGGCAACAAAAAUUGUCUCUAAGCGUGUAGAUGAGUUUCGGGAACGACAUCAAGAACAACUCGGACAAGUGCAUGACCCAAUCAAAGACACAUUAAGAGUACCACCAGAUCAUACUUUUGGUAUCCUCAUGAAGCCGGACGAGUACGGAGCGGGUGAUCUCCUUCAUAUGAGAGGACCGGGCCAGUAUCUGCGGGGUCGUGACCGUCAGAGGGGAGUAAUUGCGGCAAUCAGACAACACCUCAAGAAAGCUAACUAUCAUAAUUUCCAUGAUCUAUCCUCUGCAUUUAGGCACUAUGAUAAGGACAACAAAGGUAAAAUAGAUAUUCAUGAUUUACAAGAAGCUUGCAUACAGUUCAAUCUUCCGGUUGAGCCAGAACUUCUGUGUCAACUCAUGGAUUACUGUGACGCAGAUAGAGAUGGUAGAAUCAACUACCUGGAAUUUGCUAAUUUCCUUAAUUGGAAGGAUAAAAUGCCCGCUGGCCCAGAUGUUCAAACCCCAACUAAGGAAACGGCCACGGAAUUGGUGCGAGAAGAUGGCAUGGUGCCACGUACGCCACAAAGUGCAGGGGAGACGACUCCGCGUAGAUUACAGAAACAAAUAGAUAAAGCUAUAGGGGAUCAUAGAACUAGCGCCAGUAUGAUUAAUGCUGUUAUGGGACCUGAUGGAAUUUCAACUAGAGAUUAUCGCCGAUAUGGUGUACCAACAAUCCGUACAGAUUUACAUGCCCCUAGAAUAAAGCGUGUAGAUGACAGGAAGAAUUAUGGAGACGAGUCAGAUGCCUAUGGCCUCGUUAACCCAUCAUUGUUCAGUCAGAAAGGUGUUUAUGAAAAAGAUUUCUUGCUUCCCAGAUCCAAAGAAGAAAUACGACAGAUCUUUACGAACACUGGCGUCAAGAUGACUGGCGAGACAUUUGAAAACUUGUUCAAUUUCGCGGCUAAGAAACAUCCAAAAGGUUUCGUCAGUGUUGAAUCAUUCCGCAGUGUGUUAGAUGACCUUGAGGCGGCAAAAAUUGAGAUUGGCGAACAUGCGUUAGCAGUAUGAGUUGCAUAUUUGACACUGAAAAAAUCAUCAUAAAUAAUGUAAUAAAUGUUAAAUAGAUUGUAAAGUUUCAUGCCUGAUUGAUUUACUUCAUUUAUAAACUGUUCCUAUAUUCAGAUAUAUGGAAAUAUCUGGGUGUGUGGGUAAAUAGCUGGGGGGAGGGGAGGGGGUGGGGGUUGGUUCACUGAUUAUUGAAAUAUUUUCAAACCAUCAAAUCAAAGAUAUUGUUAAAUUGUUGUAUACCAAAGUCAUUUUCAAUAUAAUGAAAAUUGUGCAGAAAUCAAAAAUUAGUAUUAAGUAUUAUCAUAUUACAGUUACUUCAGCAUUUUAAAACACCAUGGCUUCAGAUCUUAUGCUUAUUCUUAUGAAAAUUUAAUGAAGUGUUCAAAAUUUUAAAACAGUUGUCAGGUGAUCAAUGAAAGCAACUAAAUUAGCUUGUCUUUGGCAUUUACAAA